UUUUAGGCUAUCCCUUCAACACGCAACAUAUAUAUAAUCGUCUUCUUUGUAGCACUGGCUUUGACCACGUCCUCUGAGGACCCACAUCAUGUCUGUCUGUCCGUCUCCUCUUUGCAGCACUGGCGUCCGUCCUCGUCCUCUGUGUGCUGGUGAAAUACGAUCUGUUUGCUGGUGCAGCGUCAUCAUUGGUUCAAAAUAUGUUGGAUCGCUUAGCCAUAUAAUAGAUGGAAAUACGGAAAUGCUAGUUACUUAGCCCACAUCUCGCUCUCCUCGUCCCCACAAAUUGGCCACUGAUAUCUACUUUUCUCUUUCUAAGUCUACUUCCUUGAAAAAGAAGCAUCACCCAAAGGAAUUUAGGACUCUACUCAAGGAAGGAGCGCGCUGGCUCUACUCAUUCUUGUGGCAUGAUACGUCGGACGCCCUCAGGAGGUACUGAGAUAGCGCUUGCAAAAAUUUUUUGUCGAUAUUGGUGAGAGGACUACUUGAACUUGAAGAGGGACCUCCUGGCAUAUUUCCGCUCAAAGUUCCAGUAUGAGCUCAACAGAAUUGUGGAUAGUCCCUGGUGAGGGAACUGGGUGCAGGAGACUGACACCCCGACGCGGAAAGCCAAAGCAGCUGUACGCGAUUCGUAUUUUCAAGAAAGAACGAGGACCAUACGUAAGAGUAGAAGAAGGCUCGCUAUCAGUAUGGUCGCUUAGAGUCCAGUUGCUACAUGAAAAAAUAUGUUUACCACUUAUUCUCUUCUAAUCCUCAGUGCUCUUCUAGUGCCAUAAAGUCCAUGAAUCGGUCAUACUUAUACCAAUGCUUACAUAUUGACAAGAGUAUAUUCUAUUUCAGAUUGCACAGUCCUGAUUAUGAUCCUUCUUCUACCUUAUUAUCUCAACUUCUACAUACAUACUAGAGUUGAGAAGUAUUUGUUUGUUUACAACUCUCUCUGCUCUUCAUCUUCUUCGCCAUCGUAGAUACUCGAUUACGAAGAUAGAGCUGGUCGGUGUCUGCUUAGGUUUGAGCCGCAGCAUGAAGAGAGCUUCCGGAAUCGUAGUAUUCAAUCUCUUGUAUUGCACAAUAAACUGUCCAUAAAAGUUCCUUGGCAGCACUAGUGGUCUCGUCGUCCCACAUGCAGCUUUGGCAAAAUCCUAUGAUCACCUUCAGAGGAGACUGUGUAUCGGUGAAACUUGGUAAGAGCUGUUUGCAGCGUCCUAAAAAUUAUUAGCUCGUCAAAAGAUUUUCGAUCAUUUUCGAUUUCAUUGAGAAAGGAAAUACUUAAGAUGGCCUUUUCCUCGUAGUUCUCCUCCCAACGAAUUGCACAGUGAGAUCUACUUUUCUUUAAACUUUUUUCCUUCUAAUGUAUCUAUCAGUGUUUGUGCUCAUGAUCAUUUAUCAGUACGUUGGUUUUUGUCGCUAGUGAUGUACUUAGUUGCGACUCUAGGUAUCCGCACUGCUCUGUGACUAACUAGAUGACCUUCGACUUUCUGAUACAAAUAGUUGUACGUCAUCGUCUUCAAGGACACACUGCUGGAACUGUAUCAUCCCGCUGGUAGACUAGGAGAACUACGAGGGAGGCAAAUGAAUGAAUGUCUUCAUUCUUCAAAUUCAAUCAUCUCCUGUGUUGUCAAAAAAAAUGGGAAAUCGUUGUUGUCAUUCAAAAAAAACCAGGGAAGAUGGACUUCACACAAUCACAGGACCAGCACAUCAAGAACGAGCCUGCUCUAGCAAAGGAGCAAAAGAACAAAAGCUGUGUGCCCUGAUCGCGCAGCUUCCAGAUGACGACUCAGGAGUCGCGCAAAUCAAGGAACUACAACGAAAAGAAAGUUCACAGUUGUCUGUUCAAGAUUUCAAUGUGGUCGAUAAAGUUUCGCUUCCCGGUGCAUCGCUGAGGGCAUUGGGACCCGCAGUUCAUCUGAACAAACCCAAGCUGGUGACCGCUCUGCUCAAAGCAGGAGCUGACCCACGUCUACCCGUGGACAUGGCACAAGGUGGAAUUACGGCAUUGCACGUCGCCGCACAAGAAAACUGCAUCGAGGUAAUGAAACUGCUGCUAGAAUGGCGUACUCUUAAGGCUUGAACUUGAAGAUAAGUUGUAAGUACUUAAGAUAAAAAAGAUUCAUUCCCAGGAGCAAAGUAAGGCCAUUCUUUGUGUACUCCUCUACCAAAGUAAGGCUAAGACCAUUCUUUUUAGUACUCCUCUCCCUCCCUCUUUGUGCUUGGGGGAGGUCUGAAGCAAUGGACUCCAACUCCUGGAGAAGUGAAUUCUUGGUUUGAGCUCCUCUGACUGCAGCCGAAGUUUAUCUGAGCUUUGACCAUCGGAUUCCAGCUGCAUCUGUUGACAUAAACGCCCGUAUUGGCGGCAAGGCGAUGACAGAAACACCGUUGUAUGGAUAGUGUUUUUUCCAUCCUUUAUAUCCGACCACUUUGGCACCACCAGUGCUUAUAUUUUUUCAUCAAGGGAGGUGGAAAUUAAUGCGUAACAAGUACUGCCAAGAAUGCCAAAUAGAUGGUCUUCCGAGAACUAGAUGGAAGGAACAUCAAAUUCCUUUCUUCAUGCGUCAUAUCUAGCGGCGUGGCAUAAUAAACCUGAAGCUGUGGAAGUCCUACUUGAAGCAGGCGCCGAUUGGCGGUUGAUAGUUCACAAGGACCCCGGACAUACCGCCGUUUCAGCGGCUAUGAGAAUGGGAAACAUGGAAGUGUUACAUGUAUUUCGCAAGCAUGGGACACUACAUUGUGGACACGACCUUGAUAUGUGCCAGCCUACCUGUUCAUCUACUUACGGCCGCUUGUGAGUUGUAUAUUUUCGCCAUCUUCCCAUGUACUCCAUGUGGAUUAUGCUGAGUGGACUAGUCCCCUUUGAUUUGAAAAGAUGAAUAAACUAAGGGGGUAUAAAGGGAAAGAUAGAGGGUAAUUCACACAUUCACUUAAUAAUCACAGAUCACCGUACCAGGGAUAAUGAACUACAACCUGCUUUAAGAAAUCAUGCAAGCAGCCGUGCAAAAAAAUGGAGAAGCUGCUGCUCUUUGUCAAGAUGACGAAAUUAAUGGUGACAAGAAUGUGUCAAAAAAUUUUCUAGUGAGGACUCAAUUGGAAAAAUUAGUGAGUAGGGAAUACCGAAUCUAUCACAAACUUAUGUGCUCCCCUCACGAUGCUGCACUCUUAGAGCACAUGCGUAGGGAAGAGUCGAACCAAGAAGUCGAGAUGAUUGUUGAGAAGUGCAUCCAAGAAUUGACUGAUGAGCGGAAAUUGUGAAGGUUUUAUUCUUUCUGACACUUACACACACUUUCUGACACGUUUCUUCAAGAACUCGAAGAUAAUGCCAUCAC